AUGUGUGUAGGUGAAUAUGCUGCUAAAUUUCAUGAAUUGAUGAAAUACUGGCCUCACUAUCAACAUAAUGAUGGAGAGGAAGAUCUAUGUGCUCAAUUUGAACAUGGGCUUAGGCCAGAUAUUCGAGCUGCUGUUAGUGUAUUCCAGCUGACAGAUUUACCCACUCUAGUGAGUAAAUGCAGAAUAUUUGAAGCCAAUACUAAGGGUAAGACAGUGGAUACCAGAAUCGGUGGUCCUGUGAGGCAAGACCGAAGGCCUCCAAGAUUUUCUAGAGGACCUUACUCUAGUCCAAAUCAGUCUCAAGUGAAGGGGACUGUAUCUCAAGAAGAUAGUAGUGGUGGUUCAGGUUCUUUCAGAAGGUCACUAAAAUGUUUCAAGUGUGGUGGACCUCAUAUUAAAAAGAAUUGUCCUCAACUUCCACCAACAUGUGACAUUUGUGGGAAAAUGGGACACUCUGCUAGUGUCUGUUGGUCUGCUCCACAAAAGAGCGGAAGCAUGAGUGUGGAACAAAGACCUGAAUCUAGAGCAAGCACUGGAACAAAGCCAAAUGUGAAAGGCAAAGUUUUUGCUAUGAGUGGAGUCAAGGCUUCAAAAUCAGAGGAGCUUAUUAGAGGUAAAUGUAUCAUAAAAGACUGA